CUCGAAGCACACAACAGGAAGGGAUUUGCAUUAUUUAAUUUUAUUUUAUUGCAAUCAACAACAAAAUCAUGCGUGACAGCCUGCUGGCUUUCUUGGUCGCUUGAAGUGGCACGACUAAGAAAAAGUGCGACAGCGGGAGCCUUGCUAUUGGUAUCCCGAUGACUGUUAGGAAUCGGCAGCGUGUUGAGCCAACUCCGAACGUUGGCACUGCAAGGCAUAGAGUUGAUGAACAUCUUAAGGGUGUUGUCGAGCGCCAUGUGCUUGAGGUGGACAAUCUAAAAGAGAUGAGGAUACGGGAGAUUAAUGCAAGAAGGGAGGUUGAACAAGAGCUGGAGGUGGUCAAAGAGAAGCAAAGGAAGGAUGAGGAAGAAGUUAUGAAACUUCGAAGUCAAUUGAAGGAACUCUCAAUGGAGAAGAGACGUCAUGCAGCCGGCACUAAUUUAAAAAGUAAGCUUGACGAGGCGACUAGGUUGUCAUCCAAAAAAACGGAGAAAGGUAAGCAAGCGGCCACUCCUCGGGCUGCGACUGAUCAACGGGACAUCUUCCUGAAGGAUGCUAGGCGGGUUUUAAAGAAUCUGACGAAGAAGGAACUCUUGGUUAUCUGCGAAGAAGAAGGGGUGGAUUAUGUCAAACUGGACACAACGAAGAAACUGAUUGCUAAUUUGAGAGCUGAUCGAGCAGUUGAAGCAGGUAAGGGAGAAAGGAACGGGGUGACGAUUCAAGAAGUGUCUGAUGACGGGGGCGGAGGGAACCAACAGGAGAAUGGCGAUGUCUCGACUGAUUCUUAGUGUUUUUCCCGAAUGCGGCUGCUUUGUGGUCUGUUCUUAAGUCUUGCGUUAGGUUGA